AUGGCGGACCCAGCUGAUCGCCGUGUUUCCUUCCCUGCAGUUUUAGACCAACCCCCACCUCCCUUUACCUCACAAGCAGACAGAAUGACAACUUCUCCACCUACAACUCCCAACGUACAUCCCGUCCCACCUGGUCCUGAUCCCAUGCGAGGGGAUGCUCAAACGGAAGGAGCGAGGAGAAGGGCCAAUCGACAGGUCACACUCGACACUCCCGCCAAUAUAGGUUCGAGGAGACCGACGAGCGAAAGUCAGAGAAGUACAAGGAGACAAAGCACUGAUCCGAAUGCUGGUGUGUUGAGAAGGAUGACCACGGGUCUGUUGACACCCGAGAGAAAGAUUGGGAGGGCUCCCACUUUUUUCGCCAGUUUUAAAGCAGCUGUGUUCUCUUCUUGGCUUAACAUUCUUUUGGUGUUCAUCCCAAUCAGUUGGGCAUUACAUUUUGUACAUGCAGCGGGAAACGAGAAAAUUACCGACACUGCUAUCUUUGUCACAUCUUUCAUCGCCAUCAUCCCUCUUGCCGGUUUGCUCGGUUUCGCCACUGAAGAAGCAGCACUCCGACUCGGUCAGACAUUGGGAGGUUUGCUCAAUGCGACCUUGGGAAACGUGGUCGAACUGAUCGUGGCUAUCUUGGCUUUGGUAAAGUGCGAGUUGGCAGUUGUGCAGUCUUCCUUGGUUGGGUCGAUCUUAUCCAAUCUGCUGUUGGUCUUGGGAAUGUGCUUCUUUGCGGGCGGAGUUCGAUUUUCCGAACAAGUCAUCAAAGGCACCGCUGCCCAGCUAAACGCUUCCUUGCUUCUCAUUGCCGUCAUCGCCGUGCUCAUCCCCUCCGCAUUCCAUUUCUCAGUGAACGACACGACUAGCGGCAAUGGUAAUUUGACCGAUGCGAAAGAAGGGUCAGAUUUGUUGUCUAUGAGUCAUGGAGUGGCGAUAUUGCUAUUGCUUCUGUAUAUUGGGUAUUUGUUGUUUCAAAUGUUUACACAUGCCGCUCUAUACAAAGACGACGUCGUAUCAUCAUCUACCAAUUACGGACCAGAAGUCACCAAUGUCAGUGAUCGUAUGCGUAUCCCAGAGAAAUUCAGACACUUCAGAUCGCAGAAGAAGGUCGACGAGGAAACGGGUAUAGCGCCAACGACCACCUCGACAGAGUCUACAGUGACAAAUGGGGACGAAGGGGUAGUGGGGGAAAAUGGAAAUGGGGUCGUUAAUGGUGACACGCAUGAAGAGGAUGAGGAAGAAGUUCCACAGAUGAAUAUCUGGAGUACUGUAAUCGUCAUGGUGGCCGACGCCGUCUUAGUUGGUGUUACAGCCGAAUUCCUCGUCGAUAGUAUCAACGGUUUGGUCACUUCUCAUCCUUCUUUAUCUGCCGAAUGGGUCGGUUUGAUUUUGUUGCCUAUUGUCGGUAAUGCCGCGGAACACUUUACCGCCGUAUCCGUUUCAGUGAAGGAUAAGAUCGAUCUGUCCAUCUCUGUUGCCGUCGGAUCGUCUAUCCAAAUAGCUCUAUUCGUCAUUCCUGUCAUUCAACUCUUAGCUUGGACCAUAGGAAAGCCCAUGACACUACUUUUCGAUCCAUACGAGUCUAUCGUUCUUUUCUUCACCGUCCUCAUCGUCAAUCAAACAUUAGCGGACGGAAGAUCGAAUUGGAUGGAAGGUUUGGUUUUGAUGAUGUUGUAUUUGAUCAUUGCUGUUUCCUUUUGGUACUACCCUGGCUCAAACACCGCUACUUUAUUAGGUUGUUAA